GUCUGAGUGCACUCGGCCUUUUCCGUCGAUGGCCAGCCGGUGGUGUCACUCAACAACUGUGGAGACUUCAAAUCACACUUACAUUACUUAAUGGGAUCAAGAUCCCAGGCUUUAUUCUCAAGGACUUAUCAUUUCCCAGAGUUGACUCCACCUCUGUCCUUUCAGCCGUGAGUAACUCAGUGGUGGACAGUAACAGAGUAAAUUUACUUGAGUACAGAUUUUGAGUAUCUGUACUUUACUUGAGUGUUAUUUUUGGGGUACUUAUUACUUUUACUCCACUACAUUCAGAAGACAAUUAUUGUACUUUUUUACUCCCCUAUAUUUCUAUCAGUGCUCUAGUUACUCACUACUUUUGCUUUGAAGUCAGUUCAUGAAUUUCCUUCUCUUUUCUGAAAUCUGAUCCCUAAGACAGCAAAACGUGUUUGUGUAGUUCUGUUUGUUUCAGUGGUUUAGCCAUACCUGUAUAUCGUGCGUCUCCAGGGUUGAACGUGGAGCAAACACAGAGCAUCACUCAGAUCAGGCAGUUCAUUUAGAGGUGGUAAUGAUGUCUAUAAGUCUCCACCUGAGCACCCAUGGUCAUAUCUUCAGCACAUGUUAGAAGUUUUUGAAAUGAAGAAUGAUAUGUAUCGUUUGAAAUGUUCUCCCUGUUUCCCAUUCUGCCCAAAUAUACAAACAUUCACUGUCCAACCUGAGAAAGCGUGUUGAGCUACGUAACAUUUGUUUCAUUCCAGAUGAACAUUUCAAACUAAGUUGUCUGUGCUUGGAGUAACUCAGUUUCUGUUUUUAUUCCAUGUUAUAGUUUUUAGAGAUUUCAAGUAAUGGUUUCUAGUGUUGGUGUCAUAUUUGAGAUGGAGGAUCUAUACUUUGACUUAGGUAAAGAAGCUGUGUACUUCAUUCACCACUGUGAAUUCAUGAUGCGAUUUUGUUUACGUCUUAGUGUCCCUAAUUUAAAUGUGCUCUCUGAAAAGUCCAGAUAUUAUUUAGUGUUACCAAGUAUUAUUGAGAUCUUUCAUCUUAGGUUCAUGUGAGGAAAAGAAGCUGUCAGAGAAAUUGUCCACCUGUUGUUCUGAUGGUCAGCCAUGGAUGAAGAUGACAGUCAAGAUGAGCAGAUCAACCGCAGCACAUCCCACAAUAAAGGAAAGAGGGCUGCUUUGUGGGCAAUCUCAGAUGACUCCGACGACAAUGGAGCAGAAUCUGAUGAGGGAGAAUCUGAUAGCAGCGAGGAGGAAGGAGAGGGUCCCCUAGAUGGAGAGGAGGAUGAGGAGGACGAGGAAGAGGAUGAUGAUGAUGAAGAAGAAGGCAAUGAAGAGGAGAAUGAUAAUGAAGAGGAAGAAGAUGCUAAGGCUGAGGGUGGAGCUUUUGAAGGAACCUCUGCUGAUCUUGCAGAGAUGAGCUCAGAUGAGGACGCAGACAAAUGUCCCAUCUGCCUUAACUCCUUCAACAGCCAGCCUGUUGCUACACCAGAGAACUGUGAGCACUACUUCUGUCUCGACUGCAUCCUCGAAUGGGCCAAGAACGCAAACUCGUGUCCCGUAGACCGGAUUGCUUUUAACAGCAUCUACCUGAGGAAAUGUUUUGGAGGCAAAGUGAAGAAAGUGAUCACAGUACAAAAACCUGUGAAGGAGGGUCAGGAGGAAAUCAUAAAUGUGGAUUUCGAACAGACCAACUGCGAGGUGUGUGGGGGCAGUGACAGAGAGGACCGCCUCUUGCUUUGUGAUGGCUGUGAUGCUGGGUAUCACAUGGAGUGUCUCACGCCACCGAUUGACUCAGUUCCUGUUGAGGAAUGGUUCUGCCCCGAGUGUGAAGCUAACAACCGUCACUCAAGGGUUUCAGUUGAGGAAAUCAGUGAUACUGAGAGCCUACCAUCUACUGCUGGUCCUACCACUAGUCGCCACCAGUCCCGUGCUGUGGGUCCCACCAGAGCUAUUGCUCGCACUCAGCAGAGUGAGAGGGUUCGGGCAAACGUCAACCGACAUCGCAUCACACAGGCACGCUCAUCCCAGCUGGCUCCCACAUAUCUGAUACAGUCCACCUGGCUGGAUGAAACUAUUAACGCUGUGGUGGCUGGGCUCAACACGUCGGUUUACAUACGCAACCUCACCCCCCGCAUCCCAUCCAGCCGCAGACGCAAAACAGGAAGGCGCAGAAGGGUCAAGAAAACAUCUUCUGCCAGGGGUAAAAACGGAAAAGUAGCGAGUACAGGAGUUAAGAGAAGGAGAAGGAGGAAGGUGAGGAGGACUAAAUCCAGAAAAAAGCUGGUUUUGAAGUCAGCUUCUACUCGAAGUCGUAUUGCAAAUAAUCUGGGCAUAGUAAAGGAUAAGAAGAGCUCUUCGCUGCCUACGGUGUAUCGGCCUGCAGAGCACACACUCAGUAAUAUGCGUGCUGACAUAGGUGCUGCAUCCCUCUCCAUCUAUGGAGAUCCAUUUGACCUGGAUCCAUUUACGGAACGUGAGGAGGAUGAUAAUCGGGUCCGUGUUACAUCGCUAUUGGAGGCCAAGAGAAGAGGGAUCUCUCGAUCUGCUCUUCGAUCGCACCAGCCUGUAGCUCGACCAAUCACAGGAGGCCUUUCCAGGAGGGCUGCUGAUGUCCCCCAUUCAGUGGGUGUUGCGGAGGCGGCUCCUGUUCCAGACCUGCUGGGCAGCAUCCUCACAGGACAGAGCAUGCUCCUGAUGGACAGCUCUGAUGUCGUUAUUAAUCGUGAUGGUUCGCUUAAAGCUGCAAAGUCAGUGGCACCCUCUGUGUCAAAGCCAGGUUGCAGCAAAAGCAGCAUCUCAGGAGAUUCCAGCCCCAACAUCAACUCGGUGAUGUCACCUAACCAAGGAGAAGCAUCUCUGCCCGUCCACUACAAUGGAGACCUACCAGGAUCCACUCACAGCUCCAUGAGCAGAUCUUUCUCCCAAAGCACCCCUUGUGUACCCCCUUACAUGCCCCCCUCAGCCAGCCGCAUCCAGCCCUCUACCCACUCUGAUUUGCCACACCGAGGACAUCCAAGUAUGCAGCCAGUUCGACCAAACAGACCCAACCAUCCACCUGGUCAUCGGGCAACAAAUGGAGUCAUAGACCUCACCCAACCCUCUUCCAUCCACCCCACCCCAGACUCUGGCUCUAAGAGCGACCAGUCCAAAAAGGCGUCUAUAAAGCCCAUGUGGGUGGACGUGUCUGUUCUUCCUAAGAUACCAAAACUAAAAAGGGAGAGCAGUGAUGGGACAAAUAAUGCAACUGGUCAAGGUGCUAGCAUUGUGAGCAAUAGAACUAGUAAUAGGGAAAAUUUUAGUAACUCUACCCCCACAAGUCAUGUUUAUGGCAUGCCAGACACAGGCACUAACAGCCUGGCUGGGAACAAGGGCAGACAGCAAAGUGUAGACCAGCAGAAGGGAAGAGCUGAAGGUCCGUCCCAGAGGCAGAGGCCUGACGGAGCAGGCUCAUCAUCUGCCUUCUCAAACUCCUUCUCCUCUUCUUCCUCCUCCACUGGUUUCUCCUCAAGCCAGUCACGUUUUUCUUCAUCUUCCUCGGCUUCAUCAUCUGUGAGUUUCCGCAUUAACUCCAGCGGGAACUCCUGGCAAUCAAGGCGCCUUAGCAUGCCGUCAUCCUCUGCAGGUGAAAGCAGCAAGCAGGAACGCUGGAGCAAAAAAGAAGAUGAAGUAAAAAAGAGACAGAUGCACCGGGAUAAACAGAUGCUCCUGGCAUCACAUACCCCAGUCAAAAAAGAACAAGACAGUACUAGUAUCUAUGAUCCCUUUAAUCCCACUUUGUCGGACUCAGACAGUGAAGCUGAGAGCUCCCAAAAUGCUCCACGUGAGGGGGAAGCUGCUUCUUUAGGAAACAAAGACAGGAAAGUGCAAAACAAGCAGGACCUGGUUCGUGUGAAAACUGAAAGACAGGACAUUGAAGUCUCGCAUGAAGAACCAAGGGGAUCUAGUGCUCUUGAAAACAUAUCACAGCAGGUCAGAUGCUCAGAGGUAUUUGUUAAGACUGAAAAAGAAACAAGAUCGGACACUGAGAAACAAAAAGAAAAACUUAAGACUGAAAUCAAAAAGGAGCCAGGAUUAGAUGAUCCACAGGAGACUGAAAGGUUUGGAAACAGUGCUAUAUUUUUGAGUGCUGAGCCAACUGAAACCACACCGCCUGUUCAUCGCAGCCUAGUUCAUGUAAAGACUGAGAGAGAAGAAGUGAAUGAAGGGAGUGUUGGCACGUCAAAUAGCACUCCCUCUAACAAUUCUUCUGCAUCCAGUUCUUCUCUCCCCACAAAGAAACACAAGACAGAAAUCAAACCUGAUUCCAAAUCCUCUUCCAAGUCCCCCUCAAGAGAUUUAGGUUCUAAGAGGAAAACCUCCCAAGUGUCAAAGGAACAGCCCUCAAGCAGUUCAGAGACAGAGAGAGGUAAGAAAGGAGAGCAACAUGCCUCGAGCCAGGCAGGCCAGCAGAAGGAGAAAGAGAAAAAGCAAGAUAGAAAUUCCAGGCGAUCCCGGUCCAGAGAGAGGAGGAAGGCACACUCAUCCUCAGAAAGCUCUCAGUCCAACUCCCCUGAUAGAACUCACAGAAAGAGACAACGGUCCCGGUCACGAUCAAAAGACAGGAGGCGAUCAAGGUCAGGCUCCAGCUCCAGCAGCAGAGAGCGCUCAAGGAGGAAGAAGCAUAAACAAAUAAGCAAGGAGAGGAAUGAUGACCGAGAGAAAACCUCAGAGAAAAGACAAGCUUCAAAGGACAAGAGACAUGGUCGAUCUUGCUCGAAAUCUAUGUCAAAAUCACGUUCCAGAUCCAGAUCCAGAUCGAAGGACCGUAAACGUGGCCGGUCUCGCUCAAAAUCACGAUCAAAGUCAAGGUCCAGAUCUAGAUCUAGGGACAGGAGAAAAGAUAACACACGACUGCAACAAGCGCAUCUUUCAUCGCGAGACAAAGCAGAGUCACACUCAAAAGAAAAGAGGAGACACAGAUCUAGAUCCAGCUCCAGAGAGAGAAGGAAAGAUAAAGGUUCAUCAUCCAAGGGUUCACAGACAACUUCGGGAUUUCAGUACAUAAAACCGCAGUACAUAAAAAAGGAGAAGGAUAUCGACAGAAGCUCCAUCAAAGAGAAGAAAGUUGCCUCAGUGAAAAAAGAGGAGGCUCCUCUCUGCAUCACGGCCUCUAAAGAGAAAAAAGAAGACCUCAGGAUGGACAGUCAGGCCAAACCAGCAGAAAUGCCCAAAGAGAUAAAGGCUGUGAAAGAAAUUAAGAAAGAAAAACAACCAUCUCUAGAUAUGUUUGGAGAUUCUCCUUGUGAUAAACGAAUUAAAGAAGAAGCAGCCGACAUCCAUACAUUGGUGAAAGUCAAAGGGAUACAUGAGGAGGAGAGUAAAGAAGAACACAUUAAGACUGAGACAUGUGAAAUCCUGAUGAUUAAAUCUGAGCCAAGUUCCCCAGAGCCCUGCCACUUAACCCCGGUCACCUCGUUUCCUUCAUCUACCACACCUGUGUCAGCAGAGAGCCUCCAGGAUAAAGUUUCUCAGACUCACCCAGUGGCAGCUGCUGAGCAAGCUAACACUGUUGGGUCGACGAUCUCUGUGAAGCAAGAAGUUCAGCAACCCUCAGACGAUGACGAUGACUUCAAUGUGGAUGUGAUGCUAGACAACCUGGACUAUGUGAAGUCUGAGCCUAAAGAGAAAAGUGUUUCCUCUGUAACUAAAGACAAGGAUGUACAGGAGGGGAAAAAUGAAGGGGAGCAGGUGUCUGUGGUAGUGGGAUUAAAAUCAAAAACCCAAGUGAAGAGGGUUACGUGGAAUAUACAGGAGCCUGAGGGGCCGCAACCAGAGAAAUCUGCAAGCAAACUGGCUCUUUAUAAAUUGAGGCUGAAGCAGGAAGGGCUUCGCAGACCCUCUUCAACAUCCCAGACGACCAGUCAGGACAACACUGGAAAUAUCAGUGACCCCUCCAGAAGGGGUGCAGGUGGUUCACUCACUGGCUCCUCUAGAUCUGAUGGUGCACAUCCUGAGGGUUUACCAAGCACUGGAGAAACAGAGGAAGGGGAUGCAUCAGGCAAAGACAAGCAGUACCUGAAGAAACUGCACAUGCAGGAGAGAGCUAUAGAGGAAGUCAAAUUAGCUAUCAAGCCUUUCUACCAGAGAAGAGAUAUAAACAAGGAUGAAUACAAAGAGAUUCUACGCAAAGCCGUCCAGAAGGUAUGCCACAGCAAGAGCGGGGAGAUCAACCCAGUGAAGGUGGGCAAUUUAGUCAAGGCCUAUGUGGACAAAUACAAACAUGCCAGGAAACACAAGAAAGAAGAGGACUCGGAUAGGACACAGGAGGCUCAGACUGAGGUAAUGAAAACCUCUGACAGCCCCUGAGAGGAUAUGAACCACAGACAAGGACAGCCAGUGGCAUGAAAACAUUCAUUUGAAUAUUUUAGUUUUUGUUUUUACUGAUACACCCAGUCUGAACAGGUAACAAAGAUUUGCUCACAGCUUCAAGAUGGAACAUUUUCUACAAUGUUAAACUUUCUAUCUCAUCUAAAGUUUGAGGACAAACCCUCUUUGUUGGAUCCUUGAACACCUGUUGGUGUGUUGUCUGGGGACAGUCCCUGCUGAGAGUCUGUUUUUGUGUGGUGUAGCUCAGAAACCCAAAAGGAGACUUUGAAGUUUUGUCUCAAAGAAGCAAAUCUCCGACACCUUUCCAUGGAGUGGCAAAUCCGGUAGCUUCCUGCUCAGGAGGUUUUCUAUGAUGGGAAGGGAGGGAAGUGGGUAUUUAUCAGUGGUUGAACUCCCUAGAGAAGUGGAGUAAAAGUAUGCAGGGAGUGCAUAUUUGAAACUCAUCAUAUUAAGGAAAAACACUGUUAUGCAAUUUUGUAGAAAACGGUCAGAGUAAUAACACAAUUUUAGACUUUGUUUGUAAAUAAUAGAUUUGAUAUACCCACUCAUGUUCCUUUUUGUCUGUGUUGGCUGUUUCAAAUUACUGAUAUAAUUGGUUCUAGUUCAAGUAGAAUAAUUUGUUUUUUGUAUUGAAAAGCCUUAGUCAUCCGUUUUCCACAUUUCUAAUAUCCAUGUCCAUGAGCUACAUGUAGUCUUAACAUGCUACAGGUGAAUUGUGGCUCAGCAGUUCCCAAUAAAUCGAGUCUGUUUUCUGUAACGGUCUCCUCUCUUCAAA